GAGCUCAGGAGUGUGUAUGACAUGUGGGCUCGGGCUCUUUCCGAAUUUGAGAGUAGAUGUGGGAAGAGAGAUAAGAGCAGAGUGGGGAGUUCCACGGAGAGGGUAUCUGAGCUGUGUAUCGGAACCCCAGCGGAAGGAGCGCUGGAUGUGGGGGCUUAGAAUGGAGACCCCGGGCUUGGUCCGAGGAAGCGUCUCAGAGAGGCCGAAAGGAGACUUCAGAUCCAGAGCGGGAUUUCCAGAAGGAGAUCCCUGAGCUCAUAAUGGACCUCCGAUAGACUUACUCCUAGAUGUAGGCGGCUAUGAUUGAAAAAACUGAGGCCCCUCUAUUUGAAAUGCUUCGAGGAUCAGGUUGGGAGAUGUCACUCUAUCUCACUUUCCCCGUGGUUAUGUUCUGGAUCUCCAAUCAGGCAGAGUGGUUUGAGGACUAUGUUAUCCAGCGCAAGAGGGAGCUGUGGCCACGAGAGAAGGAGGGUCAGCGCCAGGAGCUAGAAGAAUUCAAACAGAAGAUGCGGAAGCAGAGGGAAGAGAGACUUCUUCAAGCUGCUCAGAAGAACUCCUGAGACCUCCAAGUCCUUAAGUCCCAGCCCCUCCACCCAGGAAAUAACACACACUCAAUUCUU